AGAAGGUCGUCAGUGCCCGACAUGUUGAAUACAAUCGCAUGGCAGGCCUUGCUACUGUAAACGCGGGAUUGGAGAUAUUCGUUAUUUCUUCUGGAUAACUCUAAUCUAUGAAAACCACUUAGGGACUAUAUUGACAACCUAAAAAUUGCUAUAAAGGUACAAUGUUUACCAACAAGCUGCUGACCCUGGUGCUGGUGGUGCAGCCUGGACGGGUGCUGCUGGGCAUGAAGAAGAGAGGGUUCGGAGCAGGGAAGUGGAAUGGGUUUGGUGGCAAAGUCCAAUCUGGGGAGACUAUUGAAGAGGCUGCCAGGCGAGAACUGCAGGAGGAAAGUGGCCUCACAGUGGAUGCACUUGAUAAGAUUGGAAAUAUCAAAUUUGAAUUCAUCGGAGAAACAGAGCUGCUUGACGUCCAUGUUUUCCGAGCUGACAACUACAAUGGGGAGCCAACAGAGUCAGAUGAGAUGAGGCCACAGUGGUUUGACUCUGACAAGAUACCCUUCAGUCAAAUGUGGGUUGAUGAUGUUCUGUGGUUUCCACUGAUGCUUCAAAAGAAGAAGUUCUUGGGCUACUUCAAAUUUCUGGGUCAUGAUUUGAUCAUCGAUCACAAGUUGGAGGAGGUAGACAAGCUUUGAGACAGACUACUGGCCUCCUCUGACUCAUUCAUACUGUAUCAAAGAUCAUUCCCUCAUGUUGCCUACCUGCAGAAUUCCUACUGAUUCCAGCUACCCUUGUUCAUAUUCAGUGCCAGGAAAUCUCCAGAUCUUUGUAAAUUUACAAAUGCUUUUAGUUGCCAGUGAUAACCAUAUGCCUGUGAAUCAGUACUAAGAAUUCCCACUGAGCCAAAACUAAAUACUGGAUGUGUAAAUGUUGAUGACAUAUGUAUCCCAUUCCACUAUUGUGUUUGUUUAUAUUAAAUUGUUGAAGUAUG